UCCUACCACGCAGAACAAACGCUAUAUUCAUCUGCUUGCUUGAGUUUUCCGUUGCUGAAACUCCUUACAGGAGCUCCUGGGUACUUUUCCCCUCCGUUUUAGCCUGUUGAGCACAAUGCCAUUCACGCCACCGGGCGAAAACAGGCGAAGCUCCUGCUCCGUUUUCCCAACAAUGUGGGGAACAUGCAGUAUUUUUUGCGCAUGGACUCUACUGUUCUUGACAGAAGUCUGUGCGCAGUCCCAGCAGAGACCAAUCUUUACAUGUGGCGGAAACAUCACAGGAGAGUCUGGAGUAAUCGGGAGCCAGGGGUACCCAGGAGUUUACCCUCCAAAUACCAAAUGUGUGUGGAGAAUCACAGUCCCGGAGGGCAAGGUGGUGGUACUGUCAUUCCGCUUCAUUGAUCUGGAGAACGACAACCUGUGUCGCUAUGAUUAUGUGGAUGUCUACAGCGGCCAUGUCAAUGGACAGAGACUGGGUCGCUUCUGUGGAACGUUCAAGCCAGGAGCCCUUGUUUCCACAGGCAACAAGAUGCUCCUGCAGAUGGUAUCCGAUGCCAACACUGCUGGGAGUGGCUUCCUGGCUGUUUUCUCUGCUGCCCAUACACAUGAGCGAGGGGACCAGUACUGUGGAGGGAGGCUGGUUAAGCCCUCUGGGACUUUCAAAACACCCAACUGGCCUGAGAAGGACUACCCAGCUGGAGUGACCUGCUCCUGGCAUAUAGUAGCACCAAAGAACCAGAUUAUUGAGGUGAAGUUCGAGAAGUUCGAUGUGGAACGAGACAACUACUGCCGCUACGACCACGUCUCCAUUUUCAACGGGCCGGAAAUAAACGAUGCGAAGAGGAUUGGCAAAUACUGCGGAGACAGCCCCCCAGCGCCGGUGUUGUCGGAGGGGAAUCAGCUCCUAAUCCAGUUCCUGUCAGAUCUCAGCCUGACUGCCGACGGCUUCAUUGGGCACUACAAAUUCAGACCAAAGAAAUUCCCCACCACAACAGUACUGCCUGCAACUACCACACAGCCAGUCACCACCAGGCCAAUACCUCUGAAGUACUCUGUUGCCCUGUGCCGGCAGAAAUGCAAAAGACAAGGAACGCUUGAGAGCAAUUACUGCUCCAGCAAUUUUGUGAUAACUGGAACUGUUAUUACAGCGGUGAUUAGAGGUGGAAGUAUGCACGCCACCGUCUCUAUUAUCAACGUGUAUAAAGAAGGCAACCUGGCAAUCCAGCAGGCAGGAAAGACAAUGAGCACCAAGAUCGUUAUCCUGUGCAAAAAGUGCCCAGUUAUCAGAAGAGGCUUGAACUACAUCUUCAUGGGCCAGGUGGACGAGGAGGGCCGUGGAAAGAUCGCCCCGCACCACUUUGUUAUGGCGUUUAAGACAAAGAACCAAAAAGGACUCAACGUUUUGAUAAACAAGCAGUGCUGAGUUCCGGUAGCUCUGGUGAUCUUCUGUUAACUGGUCUGCUCAAGGCUCAUCUGUGGAUGGAAAUUAUUACAUGAAAAAAAACAAAAGCAAUCUCCUUCUCAAGAACACAAACGAAGGAUAUGAAAACAAAUCUGAAUGCGUUUGCGGAGCUGCCGCUGCAAAUCAUGGAAACUACAUGAUUUAUUCAGUUGAUGGAAACUUUGUGUGUUCAGUCAUUUUCCUGUCCAGUUACGGUAAAAAGAAAGUACAUCCUCUGUCACUUCUUAUAUUUUAUGUGUUAGGAUAAUAAAUACAUUUAAAAAAUGUAAUCAAAUUUAUUUAUUUAGCAAAAAACAAGUCAAAAAGGUAGAAGCCACUUGUAGAACAGCCAAUUUCAGUAGGUUAGUAAGAGUCAAUAGCUUUAAGAACCUAUUUUAGCAGCAAUAACUAGAAAUUAGUUGUAUGACUUUUCAGUCUCACAUCCUUCUGGAUGAAUUCUUAAGAUCCUGUCCAGCACUGGACUUUGAUUGGGCCACUGUAUCACCUUGAUUCUUUUUUUUUCAGCAAUUCUGUUGUAGAUUUGCUGGAAUGUUUGGGAUCAUUGUCCUGUGCCAAGUUUAGUGAAAACCAAACAGCAUAUAAGCAUGAAGACCUCAUACAGGCUGCCAAGUACCGCACCAUAGUGGAGGGGUGAUGAUCACAGGACCUGGACACUGUGCAGUCACUGAACUCACCGUGAGCUCUCUAUACAAAAGGACGACCAGUUUCAGCCCCGCAUUAGCUGUCAGAGAGAUGGCCUCACAUUUGACUGUAGAAUAUUUUGGGAUACAAAGGAGCUAUGAUAUGCUGUUUGUGGUUUUUGACAAACGUGAGACUGUGGAUUAUGACCAAACACUCACUUUGGUUUCACGUGUCCAAAGCACAUUGUUCCAGAAAUCUUGUGGUUUGUUCAGAUAUAGCUUUCCAAACCUAAGCCAUGCUGCCAAGUACUUUGGAUGAGAGGAGGCUUUUGCCUUGCAACCCUUCCAAAUAAGCCACACUUGUUCAGUCUCUGUCUAAUUGUGCUACCAUCCAGUUUACUGAGGCCUGUAGAGUCUGAGAUGUAGCGGCCUGACCUUGAAGUGAAUUAGCUGGGAUGUCCACUCCUGGGAAGAUUGGCACCUGUGAAUAUUUUUAAUGACUGUAUAGAACAGGGAUGUCAAACACAAGGCCCGCGGGCCAGAAUUGGCCCAGUGACCAGAAUCGGCCUGAAAAGAUUCCAAUCUGGCCCACUGGCCGGCUUCGGAAACAAACACACUUACACACACAAAAACAUGCAUCCUUGCCGUAGAGCAGCUCUCAGCAAUAGUUUCUUCUCUAAGAUCAUCGCUGAUGUCUUUCCUCUUUGGCUUUGUGUUAACACACAGCUGAAGACACCAGACAAUAGAAAACUGCCAAAACUUGCGUGUCACAUAGGGGCUCACACUCGAUGACGAUCAGUUCAUCGAAUGCAUUGGUUAGCAGCUGCUUUCUCCUCAUUGGCAUCUUAACUCACAUGUAAGCAGUAAGGGCGUACAUACUGCUUCUGCAUUUAAGGGUUAGUUUUUGUGUAAUAUGUCAUGUUUUGUAGUCCAUCUGAAUCUGAUUUUGAGCCCUGCUAAGGAGCAGGUGGUUUUUAUUAUGUCCUGAUACAUAAAACCUUAGAAGUCAAAGUGAGUGUACUUUACUUUUUGUUUGUUUGUUUUUCUUUCUUUCUCUUUCUCUCUCUUUUUUUUUUUUUACCAUGACUGUAAAUCGGAUGAUUACAGAACAAACAAGACACGGAGAAAUUCCCAUCUGUCUUCAAUUACUCGAGGUUUUCGCAUUCAUGUCAUGAUUCUAGCACAGGAUUGAACUGACCCCAGUCACCGGUGUCUGAAAUAGGCAGAACACCAAUUUAUUAUAAUGUUUCAUAAGAUAAACAUUAUUCAUAUUUUAAAAAUUCGGUGUGCAUGCACAUCUGUUCUGGGAUUCCAUAGUGGCAGUUUUCCUCAGAGUAUUCCAUAUUCUGCCUUUCAGUUUUACCCUUUGAGGCUCUUGAAUACAAUGUGAAUAAAGGAUGGGGCUGAUGCAUUAAAUAAAGAUGUCAGUUUGGCGGACCAGUCAUUAAUUUAACAAGCUUAAUAUCCACAGGGGGGAUUUGUUGCAGCUAUUUGUCGUAGCUUUAAUGAUGGUUUAGCACCUGCCAUUAAAUUCCCAAGUUCGGUUUUAAUGGGCAGGUUUGGAAGUGUUAAUUGUGGUGAUUUAAUGUGCAAUAUUUAAUACAUGCAAUAUUCUUUCAGUUCUUCUGGUUUCACGCCAACCAAGCGAGGAGCUUAUUUGCUGAAGCUUUUUUCUCGAGCAUCAUCGUCAUUAUGAUAUUUUCUUAGUGUCUUUUUUUAGAAGCAAAGGUAUGAAAUGAAAACUAUUUUCUUAUGGAAAAAACUUUAAUAAUAUUAUUUAUAUUUUAUUUUUGUCAUCUGUCCAAAU